AAUAAGAGCAAUUGUUUUUUUAGUAGUUAUGGGAACUAAUAUUCCAAAUAGUUAUAGUGAUAGGUUAUGUUGUUACUUUGAACAAAAUGGAGUUUGCAAGUAUAUGGAAAGUUGUAAAUUUUGUCAUAAUAAUACGGUUGUUAAUUUUGAAUCAAAAGAUUUUGAGCAAGUAGUUGAUGAUAAAGAUUUAAAAGUAACCCAUAAAGAGGACUUAGAUCAGUGUCAAACAGAUUUUAAAGAAGAAGAUCACAAAGAACAAACAGACUUUAAAGAAGAAGAUCACAAAGAACAAACAGAUUUUAAAGAUGAAAAUCACGAUGAUCAUCUAGACAAUCAAGAAGAAAAUUUAAAGACCAAAAAAGACUUGAGAGAAAAAAAAAUACACAAAGAGAAGCAAAAACAAUUACCUAAAAUAAAAUGUCGAUAUUUUAUUAUAGGUAAUUGUAAAAAUGGCGAAAUGUGCAGAUUUGCUCAUAUGACUUAUUCAUCUGAUUCUAAAAAAAUUGAAGCUUUAAAAAUUAAAGAGCAUUCUGCUAAUAUAAAAAAUGAUCCUGGUUGUACUGAAAAGCAUUCUGCUAAAAUAAAAAAUGAUUCUGGCUCUACUAAAAAGUAUUCUGCUAACAAAAAAAAAGUGUUUCCUAACAAAAAAGAAGAUUCUGAUAACAUAAAUAAUGAUUAUAAUAAUAUCAAAGAAGGCAAAAAGAAGAAUAUAAAAGAAGGCGAAAAAAAGAAUAUAAAAGAUGGGGUUAGUAUUAUAAGUGAUUAUUCUGAUGAUACAGUUAAAGAAUUUAAAAUUAUAAAAGUGGAGACAAGUACAAUUGUAAAAAAAAGUAACGCAGUAAAAAAGUUACUAAACUGUAAACAUUUUAUGUCAAAAAAUGGAUGUAAACAUGGUAACAAAUGUUUAUUUAAACAUUAUCGUUCUACCAGUGAUGCUGCUGAUGAGCCGUCUACCAGUGAUGCUGCUGAUGAGCCAUUUGCCAGUGAUGCUGCUUAUGAGCUAUCUACCAGUGAUGCUGUUGACGUGCUGUCAAAACUCUCUAAUGAAAUCAAACAUUGUUCUACUAAUGAUGCUAAUAAAACAUUAAAUCACAGUUAUACUGAAUAUAAAAAAGACUGUGUAAAUCCAUCAAUUAGGAUGCAAGAUAGUAAUAAGAUUGUUGAUUUUGCAACUGAUGAUAUGUUAUUAUCAAAUGUUACAAGUGAUAUUUCAAAUGUUUGUAGUAUAAAUUCAUCAAAUGGUAACAUGUUGAUGUCUCCUAUUGACAAUAUUUUACAAGUAUCAAAAAAUAAUCCUUCAAAUCCACAAAAUGAUUUAAAUCUGCAAAAUGAUGAUCCACAAAAUGUUAUUUCAAAUUAUGAAAGUUUAAAACCUUAUGAUAAAAUGUUAAAAGGCAACAAAUUAAAAAAAUGCAGGUUUUAUUUUUCAAACUCUGGUUGUAGAAGAAAAGAUCUAUGUAAAUUUCUUCACGUAGAUUUUAAAGGAAGAAAUUUUGAAACUUUAGAAACAAAUCCAAUAGAAGAUAAACUUAAACAUUCUGAAAAUCAACAUGGUAAUAUAAAAAGUUUUGAAAACUUUAUAGACUUUGAGAAAUUACGAAGCACAGAACUGCUACAACUAGAAAAACGUUUCAAGAAUAGUUUAAAGUCAAAACUUGAGUCAACUGAUAUUUAUACUGUAACAAUUGAACCAUCAGAUCCUGAUUGGCCUUAUAUUGUCAAAGCAUUUACUUUGAGUUUUAGUUUUCCAAAGGAUUACCCACAAGAGUUGUUUAAGGUUUGUCUUGAAAAUAUAGGAGGAGUAUAUCCAGAUGGCUUUACAGAAUUUAUGAAUGAAUUUCUUCAAGAAUGGUUAGAAAAGAGGAGCAAAGAUCAUACAGUGACAGAUCUUGCUUUCCGUCCUUUUAUACGCUGGUUUGAUAGAAACUUAGAAACACUGUUUACAUCAUCUGCUACCAAGGUUAAGCGGCAACAGGAUGCUCUUCGUGCAGGUUUAACAUUUAUCCCACAUAAUAAGAUUCUUGGAAGCUCAAAUAUUUUCAAAAGUGUAAACUUACCUUAUGAGACACCAGAAAAAAAUGUUACUGAUCAUGAGUUAAUAAGUAAUGAAGAUAUUACACAAAAUGAUUUCCAAUAUAAUGACACUAUGGAGAAUCAGUUCCAAUAUAAUGAAAAUAUGGAGAAUCAGUUUCAAAUAAAUUAUAGUGAGUCAAAUUCUUCUCAAAUAAAGAAAGGUGUUGAAGUUAAAUUUCCUAAAAUGUCAAUUAUGAAUAUUGGAACACUAAAGUUAACAGAUUUAGCUUUGACCAUUUGCUGUGAUAGAUGUAAAUUAAGAACAGAUGUCAAGUUAAAAGAUCAAGUCUUUUUUGCAACAUCAUGUAGUAAAUGUAAAACAGUGCAUUCAGUAGCAUUUUACUCAGAGCUUAUGCAUCAAAUUUCAAAUGUUGCCGGAUAUUUGCAUUUAUAUGGAUGCAAGCCUUUUGAUUUGAUUCUUUCUGAUUCGGUGGUUACACUUAAUUGCUUUAAAUGUAUCAGGGAUAACUUUCUGCAGGGAAUUUCAUAUGGAUCUCCUAGACAUCAUUGGUGUACAUUUUGUCAUGAAAAAAUGGGUAUUGAAAUUCCAGCUGUACAAUUUAAUACUUUACAGCCAGCAGUUGCAAGUGUGCUAGAUACUAAAGUAAAAGCACCACCCAAGUUGAAAGUUGUUCGAGAUCCUAGUAUUAAAGAUGGAGCACCUUUGCCAGAAAAUGGAGCUUGUAAGCAUUAUAAAAAAAGCUACAGGUGGUUUAGAUUUCCAUGUUGCGGUAAAGUGUUUCCAUGUGAUAAAUGUCAUGAGGAAAGUUCUAAUGAUGGUCAUGAAAUGUUACUUGCAACUAAAAUGUUGUGUGGCUUUUGUGCUAAGGAACAGGCAUUUUCUAAGGAGAAACCAUGCAUCAGGUGUGGUUCCAAUACUAUGCGGAGCCGAUCGUCUCAUUGGGAAGGUGGGAAAGGAUGCAGAGAUGUUAUUAAAAUGGCGAGAGGCGACAAACGUAAAACAGCAGGUCUUGGGAAGACUGUUCCACGAAAACAUGAUGUACACAAGUCAAAAUAGAAAAGUUUUACCAAAUUUCAAUUUUUUUUUUUCUGUAAAGUUUAUAUCUUGAUUAAUUUAUAUAGCUAUUUUUCAAACAAUAUAUGGAUUGCUUUUAAAA